AUGGCUCUCGUCGGGCGCUUCCUCGCGCGCGAGCUCGAGCUCGUCGUCGUGUCCGCCGGCGGCGAGGCGUCGAGCGCGUUGCCCCGGCCGGCGGCGGGCCGGCUCCUCGUCUUCCCGGGCUCCUUCGACCCGCUCCACGAGGGCCACACGCGCCUCGCGGCGGCGGCCGCCGAGGCCGUCGCCGCGAGGGACGGCGGCGCGGCGCCGACGCUCCUCUACGAGAUCUCGCUGGCCAACGCGGACAAGGGCGCGGUCGACGCCGACGCCGCGGGCCGGCGCCUGGCCCAGUUUGAGGGCGUCUCCGCGGUCGCGCUCACGCGGCGCGCGCUCUACGUCGACAAGUCCGAGCUUUUGGGGCCCUGCGACUUCGUCGUCGGCGCGGACACUGCAACACGAAUUCUCGACGCGAAGUACUACGGCGGGCGGCGGGGCUUGGAGGAGGCCCUCGACACGCUGCGGGACCGCGACUGCGGCUUCGUCGUCGCCGGGCGGCUCGACAAGCGCGAAAACUUCGUGCAGACGCACGCCGCCAUCGCCGGCGCGCCGGACGCCUACCGGGACAUGUUCCUCGAGAUCGCCCACUUCAGGCACGACCUCUCGAGCACGGAGCUCCGCGCCAAGGCCGCGGCCGAGGCGGCGCGGGGGUAA